CUCUCCUCUUUGCUUUCAGCGCCCGUGCACCUGCCAUUUCAUUUCACUUUCGUCAACGGCGGUUUGGAAGUAGCAAUCUUCGCACUAACUCCUCACAAUAGCAUUUUCACUAUCAUAAAAACUCCUCUUAGUGGCAUUUAUUCUGCACACGUUAUGUGUGCCUACGCGUUUCCUUCUGCUGUUGCUUCUGGCUAGUUCUUCAUCGUUCAGCUUUCCUUUGGGCUCACGUCUCAGAAGGAGGCUCUGCGCCUGGGUUUCUUGGAACAGAGCAGCUUACGCCAUACGGUCUCAGGAGGAAUUCUUGUCCUUCUUGCGACAAUUACACUUGAACGGGUGAAGAAUUUGGGAGAAUUCUGAAGAAUCUGGCUUCUAGGUGAGCAGCAAAUUUGCUGGCGCCAUCGUCAUGCAGAGCGAGGAGGUGAAGGCGCGGUUCGGGCGGUGCCCAUACUGCCGCGCCAUGAUCUACCAGGACCCCAACGCCGUCAUCUACUACUGCAGCAGGUGCCGAACGCCCAUCCGAGGCAAGAACCCGCGGCCAACCGACGAGACCGAGUACGCCCUCGCGCAGCUCGAGAUCCUCUCCGCCGACACAGCGUCGGUGUUCUCCGACGAGGUUGAACAGUCGAAUCCAAAGCCAGCUUGGGUCGUCGAGGACGACGACGGGCAGCCUCCGGUACCGAGCAGGUCAACUCCAUACGGUAAUUUCAAGCCGAGCAGCUUCCAGGGUACCGGAGCCACUUCGUCCUCGCCGUACAGAGAGUUUGGUUCGGUCAGAACCGGUCCAAGAAGCAACCGGGAUGAACAAACGGAAGCGGAAAGAACCAGCUCGCCGCUUCACAGUCGCGUGGCCGAACUACGGCCUUCGUCGCGGAGAACCAGGCGAUCGAUGAGCGGUGACGUGGACGUUCCAAACGAUGGAGGAUCAGGCACCGAUUCAGAGUGCGACGUGCCAGCGUCGGCAGCUUCUUACCGGCGCCGGGCGUCGCCUCUGAGCUCACAAGAGCUCGAAGCGGCGACGGUGUUGUCAGGAUUCGAGCUGCCCAACAUUGCGAGGUCGCCACUGACUGACCCGGCGUUUCAGCAGCGCCUCCUGCAGGCACUGGACAACCUCCGGAGGGUCAUCGCCGCCGUCGACCAGCCGCGCAGUAUGGACGGGCACCGGCAUGCCGGCAUGUCUGGGAUGAGCGCAGCGUGCAGCGACGACAGCUGCGACACGAGUACAGUAACACGGCGCAGCUCCCGCCUUAUGCGCCGUCUGGAGUCGCAGCUCGCGCAGGCAUUGCCCGGAGAGCGCCCGCGCCGGGACGCGAGCACCUCGUCCUCUUCUUCGUCGUCGGCAUCGAACAGCCGACGCGGCGGGCUCAGGGCACGGACGCACCACUGCCGCCCGGUGCUGGGGGGCACGCCGUUCGUGAUCUGCGACAAGUGCUCGGAGAUACUGCAGCUGCCGACCGCCCUGCUCUUGGGCAGAGUCGCAAGGCUGCAGUGUGGCGGCUGCAGCGAAGCGCUCGCGCUGACGCUGCCGGCGAGCGGCUCGUCUGGCCGACCGAAGAAGAUUUUUUCCGCGCCGCAGCCUGCCGUCUGCGGCGCAGAGGACACCGAGAACUAUGCGCUUGCGAGGGGCCGCCUGAGCGGCGAGCAGCCGGGGCCGCUUCACCGCGUGCUGGGGUACAGCUCCGUCAGUUCAGUCCUACGAAGCCGGCGGUACGGCGAGUACAGCUGACCUGAGCGUUUUUCUCAGUUUCUUUUGUCUUUCUUACGCCGCUGGAAGAUUCAAUUAGCUUUGGUUCGUGAAAAUUCUUGAACGAUUCUUGAUUCUAUUGCGUGAUUCAGAAAAUUGGGUGUAAUUUGUAAUGUUUCCGAUCCAUUUUUUUGGAAUUCAAAACGUACAGCUUUUUAAUAAUGUA